AUGCGGGUGUGCUGCGUUACGACGGUGAUAGCGGCGCUCGCGCUGCGCUCCGCCGCCGAGCCCACGCGCCGCUACCCCGCAGAGUGGCGCGCCGACCUGGCGCUACGAUCUCGGCCGCUGCACGAGCUGUUCGACGAGACGACGGCUACCGACCCGGAAAGGAAUUACGCGCAACCGAUGCACAAUAAGCGACGCACGCGCACGAAUAAACGGGCGCCGCGACUGCCAGGGGAAGUCGCGAGCCAGAUGAUGUUGCGCGCCGCGCGUUCCGGCCGACCGUACGAUGUUCCUCAGAUAGGUGAGUUCCUUCCUGUUUACAUCUACUUUAGAAACAACGGACACUUCUAUAAAAACUUUUCCUCACGAACGAAAAGACAUAUUUAA